CUGCUCAUAUCAAGCGCGAAUUCGACAAGAAAUAUGGCCCAACUUGGCAUUGUGUUGUUGGCCGAAACUUUGGAAGCUUUGUGACCCACGAGUCCAAACACUUCAUCUACUUUUAUCAUGGCCAGAUUGCAGUUCUCCUGUUCAAAUCAGCAUAAUAUCAAUCAAUUGUAAUGGCAGUAGUUAAAAUCAAUAAAAAAGUUGAUGAUUGAAGAUCAAGGCUGUUUUGCUAUGAUUUUAAUUAUAAUUUUUUUUUUUCAAUGCAGUAAUUUUUUUUUAAAAGCCAACACUGUAAUUAUCCAAGUUUCAAAACGCUUUCCUUCGUUUUCUCCCCCUCAGCUUAUCUUCACAAUCAGCAAAAUGGAGCUGCUAAUGCUAGUAUUGGCAUCGGCCCAAGCCAUACUACAAGUUAUUCUCGUUGUUCUGUUCGGCUACGGUUUAGCUAAGGCUGGUUUCUUUCCAAAGGAAAAUCUGAAGUGGUUGUCAAAUUUGAACAUGAAGUUUUUCACUCCUUGCCUGCUCUUCUCGAAGAUGGCCUCGGUUAUCUCUCUAGAGAUCUUCCUAGCAUUCUGGCCCAUUCCUCUGUUCUUUCUCACCUUUGCAGUUUUGUCAUUUAUCACGGCCCAGCUAUGUUCCAGAAUUCUUGGAAUUUCUGAAGCUUAUCGUCGAUUCGUUACCGCUUGCGUCAUGUUUAGCAAUACCAACUCGUUGCCUAUUGCCGUGAUGACAAGUUUGGCCGUAUCUGAAGCUGGGAAAUUGCUUUAUUGGAAAGCCGAUGAUAGCAGAGCCGAUGUGGCUGCCAGAGGAAUCUCAUACAUCUUAUUCUAUGCAAUAUUCGGUAAUAUUAUAAGGUGGAGCUAUGGAUACAAGCUGAUGACCAUUCCACAUGAGGAGGAGCAGCAAGCCAAUGACUCGAUUUUGCCGACUGUCGCCAAGCCAAAAUAUCUACCUUCGGCAACUCAGACCAAUCGAUAUCAUUACGACAGUUUAAGCACGUGCCCACCUUUGUCCAUUUCAAAUACAGAAAUUGGGAACGAGCAAGAGCAUGCCCAGUCAAGACGACGAUCAAACUCAUCAACUUCAGAACUCAGCUCGAUAGACCGAACUCUAACUGCCGAAGAAAGUGAUCAUUACAGACUUUUGACAGAAAACGCAAGUACCGUCACCUUGGCGCCAAGCGAUGACAAUAAUGAAGACAACCAUCGCAUUCACAACAAACAUCGUGGCGAGCUUGAGCACCCUGUUCAACCACCUACGUAUAACGAAAAUUCGCCCUUGCUUUCUUUUCCGUCUCUACCCGCCGAAUAUGUGGAAGAACAUGAAACCGUCUGUCCACUUGCUCGAUAUCCUGGCGGCAAACGAAUUCUCACUGUCUAUGCUCGACUUACUAAAUAUAUGACUCCUCCGCUUUGGGCGGCGUUGGCUGCUUUAUUUGUUGGCCUUACUCCUCUCAAGCCCAUCCUAUUUGACAAACACCGCUUUCUAUAUCCAUCUUUCACCAAAGCCAUUGAAUCAUGUGGUUCAGUUGCUGUUCCCAUCAUUCUCGUAUGUCUAGGCGCCCAACUUGCCUCGUUCAGUAUACAUCACCGUUGCUCGUCUGACGAUAUGAAGAAACCCAUUGCAGCAGCCGUCACCAUUCGCAUGCUGAUCAUGCCGCUCUUCGUCAUUCCAUUAACAACGCUUUUUAUCGCCUAUGGAGAAGGAAUCAGUAGUUUGGCAAGCGAUCCUGUGUUUGCAGUAGCCAUGAUUAUGAUCGGAUGUGCACCUACCGCCAUCAAUCUAGUGCAGAUGACUCAAGUAUACCCCAAUUUCUUUGAAGAAGAAAUGCUUCGUGUCCUAUUUUGGAGUUACGGCGUUAUCUGCACACCUAUGAUGACAGUUGUUGUACUGCUGGCUUUAGAAGUGGUUCAGAAAGUAACGUAAUGUAAAGGAUUGGCCUCUCGAUAACAAGAUACAUACAUCCUAGCAGUUUCAAGUCCCUGGUCACUUCAAAUCUUA